AUGGCGACUGCAAACGCACUCUCGCUCUUCUCGCUGCAGGGCAAGACUGCCUUGGUGACCGGGGGAUCCAGGGGUAUCGGGCGAGCGAUGGCAGUUGGCCUCGCAGAAGCGGGUGCAGACAUCAUACUUGUUCAAAGAGACGCCAGUAAUACGCAGACACGAGACGAAAUACUGCAAAGGACAGAGGGCAAAUCCAAAGUGACCAUCCAUGCUGCUGAGUUGUCCGACCGGGCUGCGGUGAAGGAGAUAGUCUCCAGCGUGACCAGGGAUGGCACGGCGGUUAAUAUCCUGCUGAAUUGUGCCGGCAUCCAACGGCGACAUCCGAGCGAGGCAUUUCCCGACCAAGACUGGGACGAGGUCCUACAAGUAAAUCUGUCGGCUGUGUUUACUCUGUGCCGCGAGUUUGGCGCCUAUCUGCUCGCCCGUGGUGCACCCGGAUCGAUCAUCAACAUAGGCUCUCUGCUCUCGUACCAAGGGGGCAUCACCGUCCCCGCCUACGCAGCAUCCAAGGGGGGCAUCGCCCAACUCACCAAGGCGCUGUCGAACGAGUGGGCGGCCAAGGGAGUCCGGGUCAACGCCAUUGCGCCAGGAUACAUCGACACGGACAUGAACACUGCACUGGUCCAGGAUCCAGUACGGAGUGAGUCGAUUUCGGCUAGGAUUCCGGCCGGUAGGUGGGGGAAACCGGAAGAUUUCAAGGGCAUCGCUGUGUUCCUCGCGAGUGAAGCCAGUGCCUAUGUCUCGGGUGAGAUGGUCAAUGUCGACGGUGGUUGGAUGGCCAGGUAG